UAUUUGUUCCAGGGCUAAUGGCAUGGGCUGAAAACUCAAAAUGAAGCUGGAUGAGUUUGAAAUCCGCUUUGACAAUGCCCGAGGGGUGUUUGCCGCCGGCCAGCAUGUUAGUGGACAUGUUGUUGUCAAGCUCACCAAACCUAUGAAAAUGAGAUGUAUUGAGCUGCAUUUUGAAGGUCGCGCCAAGUCUCACUGGGAGGUGCGGCAAGGUCGUAGCAAAACAGAUUACAGAGCAGGGGAGAACUACAUCACAGAGAACAUCACGCUCUUUGGCACAGGUCAGUCAAGUACAGAGCACCCGUCUGGAUAUCACUCUUACCCGUUCAGACUUCUUCUCUCUGAGACUCUCCCGUCUUCUUUUGAGGGCCGGCGUGGGUAUGUGCGCUACUUCUGCAAGGCUACCAUCAACAGGCCGUGGAAGUUUGAUGAGCACAUCAAGAGAGCAUUCACUGUGAUUCACCACCUAGACUUGAAUGCUGUGCCAACGGCUGCUAUGCCGUUGUGGGGAGAAAAAGAAGCAACUAUUGAGGGUUGCUGCUGCACCUCUGGUACUCUCCAUGCGAGUCUAACACUAAACAAGACAGGCUAUGUACCUGGGGAACCCAUAGAUUACACAGUGGAGAUCAACAACCAGUCAGACAGUGAUGUCAUGGGACUGGAGCUUGACCUAAAGCAGACUGUGAAAUAUACAGGCUAUUCAGACAGCAUAUUUUCCUCUGGCCAUCCAAAGUUUCACACUAAAGUGGAUAAUUUUCCCUUGUACAAUGGACCAUUCUUUGUGCGGAAAAACUGCACUGAGCGUCUCAGCAAGUCUAUAUGUGUUCCAGCACUCCCUCCCUCCAAACUUGAUGGAUGUGGGAUCAUUGACAUUACGUAUCUCAUUGUUAUGCAGCCCAUCAUGCGGUGGUCGUCGCUGCGGAUAGAGAAAGAGAUCAUCAUCGGCACCAUUCCCUUACAGAGCCCUAUAGGAGCUCCACCCCCCUUCAGCGAGGUUGCCUUGGAUGGGCUGACCAGCCCCAGUGCUCCGCCAGAAGACUUCAUGAUGCCCCCACCAUACCAGGAGCCCCCGCCUUCCUAUGAAGAAAGCGUGUUUGGUCGUGUUGAGAUACGUGAUGAGAAUGAUGACGGGCACACAGAAGGCUUGCAGUCUUGGGCUCCUUCCUACCCUUACUACCACUGGGACCCCAAUACAAGGCAUUUUCAGAUGGUGGCAACUACACACGGCACGGUGGGAGACUCUGCCACUCCGAACCCUCCCAUCACAACACAACCUAUGGGACUUCAGGACCAGUCUGGGGAUGCCUUCCCUCCUUGCCCGCCAUACAACCAACUCUGAUAUUUGCUCGCUGUGCUUAAAACAAUGCAAGUCAAGACACUGCUACGAAUUGUGAAUUCGAGACGUGUCCAGCACUUUUAAAAUUAUCUUUCAGGCUUUUCCAGGGUUGAUCUGUUUUCUGUCCUUUUUUCUUCUCUUUAUACUCUGGGCACAGGGCCAAGUGCUCUGCCUUCAAAACAGCCGGUGUCUAGUAGGGACUUGAAGGAAAAGAAAAGAGUGCUUUAUUUGUCCUCCCAGAGAUUAGGUUUACAUUGGUGAAGACAUAACUUUAACAGCGUACAAUUUAACUUGGUAAGAACUACAUCCAAUGGAAAUACAAAACGCUGUUGUUGGUUGCAACAGGCAAGGCUGGGGCUUGUUGUUUUUUUUUAAACUAAGGUUAUUAUUUUUAGCUUAAAGACCAAUUGUAGUGACCAACUGUUUAAAGGCUGUCCCAGCAACAUAGUUGACUUCCCUUACAUGAAAGGUUGCUGGAAAGGCAAGGUGGAUAAAAAAGUAAGAAGUCCAUCAUCAUCAUCGUCAAUGCCUUUCACCCCUGGCAGGGUAUAGGCCACAUACAAGCUCCUUCCAUUUAUCUCUAACCUGGGCCGUCCUUCCUAGCUCGUGGGAAGUCCAUACAUGAGUGAAAAGCUGUAUUCUGUUCAUUUUUUUCCUCAGAUAUUGAUAAAAGGACCAGAAAUAUUUGGUCUUUAAAGACACCAAGCCAAGUCUUUAAAUUUCAGCCGUUUUUGAUUUGUUCUUUUACCAUGUGUUAUCAUUAUCAUACAUAUUAAAUCAUGAGAUGAGCACAGGUGCUUUAUGAUGAUAACCCAUCACUAACCAGGGGCCAUGUGAUUUUUCAGAUUUUCGACUAGGUAGUCUUUGGAAUGAAAGUUUGCCUGUGGCUGUGGUAUGAUAUUUUUCUACCUUGCUGCCUUUAUUUUUGGAGAUGUUUGAUAUGAACCUGAGAAAUGGGAGCUAAGCAUGACAAUAAGAUUGCUGUUAGGUGUUCUGUUUCAAAGACAUUUCUUGAUUCCAACUGAUUUUUUCAUGGUUUUGUUCUUAAGAAUUGUUAGGUAUAAUUGCACUGUAUUCACACAAUUUUUUAAUGAGCUUCACAUGACAAAACAAAUCGAAGAUUUUGCAGACCGAGCUUCAAAUCUGCUCAAUAAAUUUUUCACCAUUUACUCAUUUUUUGUCAGAAUUUUUUAUAUUUUUGUUUCAUAAAUUCCAUUUUAGUCACCCUUAUUUAAAACAAAUAUAUAUUAUUAACACUUUUUAAUUUGAAUGUACCAUGUUAUUA